CUUGAUAAAUUGAGAGUUCAUUAUAUAUUUCUACUUAUAUUGGGCAUCAUCCUAGUUGAAUUCUUACGAAGAUGGCAAGCAACUCUAUUCGUUAUGAUGAGCCAUCCAAUUUAAAGCAGAAGGCAGCAGCAGUGGGUCAUGUGACCACAGAGAUGGGAGAUUUAGUUGGUGGAGAGAGUCUUUGGAAUGGAGAGUAUGUUACUCAUGGGGGGCUUCUACCUCAACAAUAUGAUAUUUCUCCUACAAUUGAGGAGAUGUACAGUUACAGUCAAUCCAUGAGGAUUCCACACUUAUCAAGCUCCUCUCAGGAUACAUUCAAAGUUAACAGUGCAUUCACAAGGUACAAGAAGGAGCGUGGUACUGGAUUCCAACUGAGCCGGAAAUCUUCAAUGAAACAGAAAUCAAUCAAGAGAUGCUUCGAUUUUUUGAGGAGAAUACAUGAAAAUCGGAGAGAGAAUUCAAGGUGGGAAGUGCAUGUGGAGGAGUCAUAUACGUCCACACAUAGGAUUGCUGAGCGCAACAGGAGAAUCAAACUCGGUGAGCAGUUUUUGGCUUUGCGGUCUCUUCUUGCAGAUAAUUACAAGAAGGGUGAUAAACAUUCCAUCUUGUCAAAUGCUGUAGUUGAGCUGAAUCAGCAGAAGCUUCGAAUCACAGAGCUUGAAAAACACAACAAAACCCUAAUGGACGAAGUUACCCAACAGAUAUGUGAAGGUUACAGUAGUUUAUCACGUGGCAAUGUAGAAGAUUUAGGGAAGCAUCCAUUAAUGUCUUCCAUUUGUGAAGAAGCUGUUGUAGUGAUUGAGGGUAGUGAAAUAGCAGAUGAAGUAAUCAUGAAUGUAACUCUGAAAAAUAUAGGUCCCAAUUAUAAGUAUAUGGAUGCCAUUGUUACCCUGGUCAAGUGCCUUAAAGAAAUGGAAGUGGGGAUUGGAAGAAUCCAAUGCCGGGAGUUAGACUCAAGAAACCCAGUAAUCCAAGUGGCAAUCCAGAGGCAAACAUAAACUGUUCUUGUGCGAGUACAAAUACAGGGCUUGGAUUUUACACUGAAACGGAACUAUUUGUUGUAUGAUGACAAAGAGAGAAGGAUAGGAGCUGUUCCAAAGGAAAUAGUUGGAGGAAGUCAUGAAACGUGCUCUCACUGCAGCCUAGGCGCCCAGUCUAAGGAGGAGUUUUAUUUGUAAUCAUGAAUUUUAUUCACAUUUUGGUAUAGUUAAAUUUCCCCCAUUGGCAUCA